GCAAGAUGCAACAACAGCGCUGCAAUCAUCUAAUCAUCGUAUGCUGCCAUGCAAUAUACCUCGGUGGUCCCACGAACGGGCUUUCCGAAGAUGAAUGGGCCAUAGAACCAUUCCAACGAGGCGAAACGCCGACGUUCACGGAACAUGUCAAGGCCGGAUUACGGGCGUUGGCGGAUGAUUCGUGUGGGGUACUUGUGUUCUCGGGGGGGGCAACGAAGAGAGGGAGGACAGAUUUAGCAGAGGGCGAGUCGUAUAUGAACCUGGUCAAAGAUAACGACUUCUUCGGCUUUUCGCAACAGAUAAAUCCCUCGCAAGUUAUUACCGAAACACAUGCGACGGAUUCAUACCAGAACGUACUAUUCUCUUUACUCCGGUUUAGAUUGUUUAUGGGAUUCUAUCCAGCGCGUGUCACGGUUGUAACGCACGAGUUCAAGCGGAAGAGAUUCAUGGACUUCCAUUUUCCAGCCGUCGGACUAGUCCCCGUCACUGUUUCUAGCAAACAAGACGCGGAGAACCGGAAAGUUGGCGUGGUUGGGAUUAAUCCCCCCGAGAGCGUGACGCCUGUUGAGACUCUGAUUGCAGGCGAAGAGAAAAGCGGGAUUGGUCUGUGGAGUAGAGACCGGUAUGGCGUUCAGGCGGAGUUGGCGGGGAAGAGGGUGAAGCGUGGAUGGGAGGCUGGGAUGGAGGAUGGGGUCUUUGUUAAUGUAGGAUUGGAGUUGGUUGUUGAGGAUUUGGUGCGGUGGGAUGGGGGAGGUGGGAAUGAGUGGUUUGGUAAGAUGGAGGAGUUGCCUUGGCAUAGUUCGUGA